AGGUUGACUUGUCUACUCCACCAAUUCUUGCAUGUGUUCGGGCUUUUGUAUGUUAUUUCGCCUUAGUAUGUGUGUGUCAGCGAAAACUUCACGAAUUCGAGCAGUAGCUGGUCCGCGUUUGUCCGUCCUUUUUGUGUAUUCUGUGUCGAAAUUGCUUCAAGACAUUCACCUGGCCACUGUACCUAGACUGCUGUAUCUCGUUGUCGUCCGGUUUCAGUCGCCUAGAAUGGUCUCUUUAGUCGUUAUUACAGAAUCGAAUCCGUGUUCCGAUCUCAAUCAGCGAGGAACACGCGAUGACGUCACUCUCGCUAAGCUGUGGCUGCCCCUCUUCUGCUUGCACCGCCUCAUCUUCGAGGUCAGUCCACACCUUACUAGACGCGGAACUUACUAGCUUUGGGUCCUAAAUUUCUAUAUCUUUGCGAUUAUGACAUCCGGUGGUAUCUCUGAUGUGUUGUUCAAGAAGGUCGAUGACUACGUCGACUCACUUGCACCUCAAAUCCAGCCCCGCAUUGCGUCUGAGCUUGAGCUCUUUCAACAGAAGACCAUUGACAGCCUCGAAACUCAAGUCAUCGAUGCCUUCCGCUCGCUUUUCGACAAGAACAAGCCUGUCUCUUCAGACGGCAGCCGUGGCCCUUGGAACCUGAACGAUGCUGCCCCAGAUGCUUACGGCGGCCAGUCUCUUCCUUUUGCCGACGAGAUCGCCAAAUUGACACGAAGCUUCAGCCAAAUUUCUGACGAAGCAGGCGGCGACUUGCGUGACAUCUUUGACCUGACUGAAGGCCGUAGCGACGGAAACCAGACCCAGUCUCGUGGAAUGGGAGAUGAGGAUGGCGACUUUUCGCAGAAAGCUCGCGGCUUCCUCUCUUCAGCUCUCAAUGCCGUCCAGGAUAACUUCGACAACAACCAGAGUUCGGGAGGUCAAAAAUUCGAGAUCGGAGGUUUGCUUGGUGUGCUCAGCAGCACCAUCAAAGACGCCAGCCAACAUCCUGAGGAGAAAGCACGACUCAUCAGCCCUGAGAUUAAGCAGGCAGUUGGUGACAAGUUGCGCAUGCAGCAUGCACCCAUCGCCGAGCAAUUCACUCGCAUUGCCCUAGAUCACAUCAAACGCUGGCUGCGUGGGAACACCAGUUCUCGUGAUCUUGGUGAUGGUGCCAAAGCCGAAAUUGUCGAUCAAGUUGGCGAUCUGGUUAAAGGAUUGGGUGGUUUGUUCGGAAGCAAGAAGUCUGGCGACGAAGGCUCAGCCAGAGGCUUCGACGAGUCGAGUCGAGAUGGUCAGGAGCAAGGUGGUGGCGGUGGCUUUUCUCGAGUUAUCAGCGACAAACUCUCCACGGGUCUUGCCAGGGUGCACAGAGAGGUUCGUCUCGAAUUCCGCAAAGUCCUCGGCGAGAUCGAGAAACAGCUUUUCGAAUUACUGCCAGAUCAGUUCCAGCGCCCGCUGGAGAAGAUUCUUGGUGGCAAUCCGUUUGACUCUCAGUUGGACCGCGACGCGUCUGGUCAGGCAGACCGUGGUUUUGGUGACGACAUCAAGACCAAGCUUCUGAGUAAGGUUCGCGCACUCGUACAAAAGGUACAGGAGACCCUCCGAGAAAGCAUUCUGGGUGUCGUCAAUGGCGGUCAUCGCAAAUUUGAGCGGGAAAGCUGGGUGUUUGUGCAAGCUAUGGUCGAGCAGAAGGUUCAAAGAUACCUACCAGACGUCAAGAUCAACGUACCUGACGAUAUCGGCAAUGAAAAUGUCAGUGUAGGGGCACCAACCCCAAACACAAGCGUUGGUGGAGGAUAUCAGGCUCCACAGGGCAACCAUCAGUAUCCUCCCCGCGAUGCCUACAAUCAGGAGAGUCACGGCCAGCAGGCACAACACGACCCGCCCCAAUACCAGAAUAAUCAGCAAUACCAGGGUGAGCCAAACCGACAGUAUCAGGACUACCAAUCGCAACAAUAUCCACCGCAGGGUUACCAGCAUCAUCAGUACGCACCCCCUGAGCAAGGCUACUCGCAGCCGGGCUACUCUUCGCAGGGCUAUCCUCCACGUGAGCAGUUUCAGCAAGAGUAUCACCGUAACGACUCCCAGUCACAGGAUUAUGAACCACGAUACUAGCAGCUUGUCUCUCUGAGGUGGAUGAAGAAAAGCCAUGGAACGACAGAUUCUCUUCGAAGCCCGUAUCAUUUGCGAUCUGCUUUGUUCCUCUCUUUUCGCAGAAUAGUGAAUACAUUUCGAUUCCGCGUGGCUUUGCUGUACAUGUGCAUACAAAUUUGAUGUUAUUCGCCUCUGGCGUUAUCUUUCCUGACGUUAGGGCAC